AUGGUUGAUGUCAAGACGGUCCCCAUCUCGGUCAACUACCACUUCUCCCGAAAAUGCAACUACGAAUGUGGCUUCUGCCUCCAUACUGAGAAAACAUCCGACGUCGAGCCUCUCGAGUCGGCCAAACGGGGUCUUGCCCAGCUCAAGAACGCAGGCAUGCGCAAGAUCAACUUUGCCGGCGGCAAGCCCCUCCUCUACCCAAAGCACCUCGGGUCGCUGAUCAAGUACUGCAAGGAGGAUCUGGGUGUCGAGUCGGUGUCGAUUGUGACAAAUGGUAGUAAGCUCACGAGUACCUUCUUAACAACAUACGGGCAGUAUAUCAACAUUAUUGCCGUCUCGUGUGACUCGUUCCGCGAGGAGACGAACAUGCUUAUCGGACGGGGAACAGGCGCGCAUGUGGGCAACGUGGCUCGGAUCUCUGCGCUGUGUCGUGAACAUGGGAUCAAGUUCAAGUUGAUCACAGUGAUCAACCGUUUCAACUUUGACGAGGACAUAAACGCCUCCAUUGCGGCUAUUAAACCCUUCCGGUGGAAGUGUUUCCAGGUCCUUGUUCCCCACGACGAGAAUGAAUCCGAGAAGAGACUACGCGAAGCGAGAAAGUUUCUCAUCUCCGACGACGAAUUCAACCAGUUUUGCCGCGCCCACGAGCACAAUAAAUGCUUUGUUCCGGAACCGAAUAAUGUCAUGAAGAGCUCAUACCCCAUUCUGGACGAAUAUAUGCGGUUUCUGAACAAGGGUGUUGGGGCACUGACCAAGUCGAUUCUCGAAGUGGGCGUGCAGGAGGCGCUGGAAAGUGCGUACUGGGACGAGGAUAAUUUCCAUGCUCGUGAGGGAAUAUACGAUUGGGAGAGACAGGAUGGUGCAGCGCCGUGUUCUCAGGACAAGUCAAAGUUGGAGUGGUAG